CGCUUGGAUAUUCAAUAUAGAAAUGGAUGCUGUUUUAACGGGACUCAAAGCAUUUUAUAACCGAUGCGAAAGUAAAAGUGAUCCAAGGACAAAAGACUGGUUUCUAGUGCCAUCUUUCUAUGGCCCUCUUACAGCUUGUGUUCUUUACAUUACCAUUGUCAUCAUUGGUCCUAGGAUUAUGGAACAGCGAAAACCAUUUGAGCUAAAAAUACCAAUGACAUUAUAUAAUUUUGGCGCCGUGGCAUUAAAUCUGCACGUGACUAUUGAGCUUUUCUUUGGUUCGUGGGACGCAGGUUAUAGUUAUGUUUGUCAAGACGUUGCCAUAUCUACAGAACCAAAACACAUGAGGAUUACCAAUGCUCUUUGGUGGUUUUAUGUAUCGAAGUAUUAUGAAGUGCUUGACACGGUAUUUUUCAUUCUUCGGAAAAAAACAAACCAGAUUUCAUUCUUGCAUGUGUAUCAUCAUACUUCUAUCAUAGUACUAUGGUGGGUUGGGCUAAAGUGGGUUCCCGGUGGAUCAUCAUUUAAUAGCUCGUUGAUCAACUCAUUUGUUCACGUGAUCAUGUAUUCAUAUUAUGCCUUGAGUGUAUUUCCGUCACUUCGAAAUUAUUUAUGGUGGAAACGUUACCUUACCCAAUUUCAGUUGAUACAAUUUUAUUGAAUGUUGUAUUCUAUUGCUGCCCUUUAUGAUGACUGUGGUUAUCCUCGAUGGGUCAGCUACGCAAUGAUGAUGUACAUGGUUACCAUGAUAUCUUUCUUUUGUAACUUCUACGUGAAGGCGUAUAGUAAUGCAAAACUGAGGAAGAAACUGGAUGAUGCAGGGGAGACCGUAAAACUGAACGGUGUUCAUGAAAAUGGUCAUCAAAAAAAGUUUGAUUGAAGGAACUGAUAUUUUUAUAUAUGUUUUGGUACGGAUGUUUUUACUGUUGAGAAAAAUGAUGUAUGGUGCGUGUAUUGUAUUUGCUUCUAUCGUUUGUGGUUCUAAAUAAUCACUGACUUCACCUUUGAAAUGUUGUUUUAUGUUUUAGUUAGAUUCCAAUAAAGUGCAAUUCUUUAGUUUUGAAUAUAA